CCUUGCGCGCACAUAGCUUAAAUCUAUUCCCUCUCUUGUCAACGCUCUAGUAACAAAGACAAGAACUGAUUCCGACUUACCGUCAAGAAGCUGUCUUUGGGUAUACAAUAGAAGUUGCACAAGCGUCGACAAAGCGCGUUGCUUCGACCCUUGAAGCUUCUAACGACCUAUAGAGUCUCUCCGAGAUCGCCGAGCAGCGUCCAUCGUCGGAGUUUCUCGCUUUAAGGUAAGAUUCCUUCUUGUCUGAAUUGAGAUUUGAUACAAAUCAAUCAAAGUUUCCAGCUUUGUCUGUUUUUCGAUCUUCUCCACGUUUUUUGCUUUCUGGGUUUUUUGAAGAACUUAUCUUUUACUAGAAGCCCUUGUUUUGAUUUGUACUCCAAAGGGUUUAAGAUGAGUAUAAGUAGAGCUCCGUUGAUGAAUCUCGUUAGACUUAAAGGAACACCAAUUUUGGAACAGCUUCUUUUAGAAGAGAGGCUUCUUAGAGCAUCAACUGAUAAUUGGUGCAUCGUUAACGAUGGAACCAAUGUCCCUACCAUUGUCAUGGGAAUGUCAGGGAAGCCUUCUCAGCUUCUUGAGGUUGGACCUGUUAUAAAAGAUCGAAUACCGGUGAUCAAAAGAUUCACCGGAGGUGGGACGGUGAUUGUUGACAAGAGCACUCUCUUUGUGAGUUUGAUUUGCAACAAGGAUGACGUUCCAAGUGUCCAGCCUUAUCCUCGUUCCGUCAUGGCAUGGAGUGGCUCCUUGUAUGGUGAAGUGUUUGAAGGUGUUGAUGGUUUCCAUCUACGUGAGAACGAUUAUGUUUUUGGUGACCGUAAAUUUGGUGGGAAUGCUCAGUCAAUAAUUAGGAAUCGAUGGAUACACCACACGUCAUUUCUAUGGGACUACAAUGUUAGAAACAUGGCUUACCUUAAGCUUCCUUCCAAAGUGCCACAGUACCGGUUGGAAAGAGAUCACACAGAGUUCGUGUGUAGGAUGAAGGAUUACAUUGAAAGAUCAGAUUUUGUUGAGAAGACAGUCAAGGCGGUGGGAAACCAGUUUGCAAUGAAGGAAGUGAACAUUGAGGAUAUAGAUUCCUACGCAAAAGGAGAACAUGUGAAGAGCACGAGGCUCCUUACAAUGGAGGAACUCCAAGAAGCAAUGGCAAGCACGGCUCAGAGUGCAUGAGCAGUUAUGGAAUGCAAAACUGCUAUAGUUUGCUUGGUCCUUGAUUCUUUGCCUCGUUGUAGACCAUUCUUAGAAUUCAAUUCAUGGUGUAACUCAGAAUCCGUAAGGGAGAUAUGUGCUGAGUGUUUUAUUUUGUAAUUUGGUUUCACUUUGGUGGGGAAACUUUGAGCUAAAAAAUGAUAUGCUUCCAUAAGCAUACUGAUCCCAAGGGAUACAUAUGGAAACUAUAGCAAGAGAUUCAGUAAGAGAGAUUUGAUUAUUGGCAAAA